ACGCAGGCCAGGGUCUGAACUUUUCGCUCAAGGCUCUUUCCGCGUGGGCACGUCCGGCCUCGCUCGGGCGGCGCCCCAGCGACGGCACGAUGGACAGCCCCGAGGUCACGUUCACCCUGGCCUAUCUGGUCUUCGCCGUGUGCUUCGUGUUCACGCCCAACGAGUUCCACUCGGCCGGGCUCACCGUUCAAAACCUGCUGUCGGGCUGGCUGGGCAGCGAGGACGCCGCCUUCGUGCCCUACCACCUGCGCCGCACGACCGCCACGAUGCUGUGCCACUCGCUGCUGCCGCUCGGCUACUACGUGGGCAUGUGCUUCGCUGCCUCAGAAAAGCAGCUCUAUGUGCCCAGCCAGGCCCCGGGCAUCUGGAAGACCUUCCUCUUGCUGGCAGUGACCCUGCCUGCCGCCGCCUGCAUCCUCACCCGUGCCUGGUCUCGGGACCACUGGAUUGGCCACCCGUUGGCCCGCACCCUGGCGCACCACGCCCUCCCACAGUCGGGCUGGAGGGCUGUGGCCUCCUCUAUCAACACGGAGUUCCGGCGGGUCGACAAGUUUGCCACGGGGGCGCCGGGAGCCCGAGUGGUCGUGACAGACUCCUGGGUGAUGAAGGUGACUACGUACCACGUGCACGUGGCCCAGCAACAGGACGUGCACCUGACCGUCACAGAGUCACGGCAGCACGAGCUCUCGCCGGACUCAACCCUACCCGUACAGUUCCUCACCAUCCGGGUGGCCAGCACCAACCCCCACGUGGAGGCCUUUGACAUCAGGCUCAACUCGGCUGAGUACGGAGAGCUGUGUUGCUACUGCCGUCCCAUGUGGUGCCUGGCCUGCAUGGGUAGGUGGUUUGCCAGCCGCCAGGACCCGCAGCGCCCCGAGACCUGGCUGGCCAGCUGUGUACCCUGCCCCACCUGCCGUGCACGCUUCUGCAUCCUGGAUGUGUGCACCAUCCGCUGACGCUCCGUGGCCAGCCCGGCCAACGGGAUCCCUGCCCCAGACUGCCCUUGGGUUUCUGCACCCAGGCGCACCCUGUGGGGCCGGGGUUGCCAGGGAACCCAGGGGCAGAAGCAGUUUGUUCUAGAAAGGAAGUUGUCUGUUGAAGUUCUUCCGGGAACCUGGCCAGCGGGGUCCUCUCUCCCCUGCCUGGAGCAGGGUGGGGGACUGUCCACUGCACAGCAGUCCCCAGCUCCUGGGGAAACUGCGGGCAUCUGCCUCUGAACAGCCUUCACCAGCCACCUGCCUUAAUUUGAAGGGACACAGCCUGCUUCUUAGUUCCCUGGAGGACGCACGUCAUUUGUGCCAUGGCUGCCCUCCACCUUGCCCCUGAGCUAGCUGUAGGAUGGCUCAGUGCCUCCCUGUGACUCCAGGAGGGGCACUCAGCCUGCUUUUUACACCCACUCCAAUUCUGCGGGGAGUCAGCCUGGCCCAGAGUGCCGGCUGGUCCCGGCCUUGCCUUCCCCGCCCCUGAGCUGAGGGGGUGCCCAGAGACCCCUGGGAAGUGCCUAGAGGAGAAGGGUGAGCACAUGGGGAGCGGAGAGGGGGGUCCCAGGAUCAGUGAUCAGCAGGUGAAAGCAGCUGGCCCUGCAGGACACCCCUGGGUCUGCCUGUGGACACCCCAAGCCCUCAGCGGGCUGUCCUCCCCUGGAGCCAGGAAGGCUUGGCUGCUUCGGCCACCAGAGGGCGGUGGUCCUGUCCCAGGGAGGGGCUCACUUUCUGUCCUAGGUGUCUUCUGCUGCCCCGUCGAGUCCAGGGAAGGCCGAGGCUCGGCUUCUGGGCCCCAAGGCCGUCAAGCCAAAGACCAGAGCUCUCCUGACACCCUCAGCCCCACACCUGGAAAAAAAUAACUUUUGGGGAGAGCUCCUGCAGGGCCGCCCAGUUCAGAAGGACCCGUGCCAAGGGUCGGGCUGCUGAGGGCCAUGUGCCCACUUCCUGCUGGGGCCGGUGGGGUGGGGAGGGGCCAGCCUCCGAGAGGUGGCCGGUGGGACCUCUCCUCACUUCAGAGCCGGCCCGUUGUGGCCCUCAGCAUUUGCUGCCAGCACUCUGGGUCACACCAGCGCCGAGUGCCUGGCUCAGGGAGCAGAGGCCCAGCGCCAAGGGCCGGGCAGUGAGGAGGUGACAGGCAGGGCCAGAGUCACCUGUCUCAAGACGCGGCGGCUCCGGGCGGGGCAGUGUGGGGACGUUGUCACCCAACAGAAGUGACUGCAUUUCAUAAGGAUGGGGCUGUCGUUGCCCCACACUGCAGGUCAAUAAAACGGUCAUCUGAAGUUGGCA